ACUAUAAUACAACAACAACUAAUUCACACAUUCGUUCAUUCACAUUUUGAAUUUUCACUACAACCAAUUUUCUUCACCUUGUAACAACAAAUUCAAAUUUCUCAUAACAUUUUCAUCUUCUCCAUAGUUUCUAGAAGAAAUAAACAAUGUUCUAUUCACACCAGCUUCUAGCUCGCAAAGCACCUCUCGGUCAAAUUUGGAUGGCGGCAACGAUGCACGCUAAGAUCAACAGGAAGAAGUUGAAUAAGCUCAAUAUCAUCAAAAUCUGUGAAGAAAUUCUGAAUCCAGCGAUUCCCAUGGCUCUUAGACUUUCUGGAAUACUCAUGGGAGGUGUUGUGAUUGUGUAUGAACGAAAAGUGAAGCUACUCUAUGAUGAUGUUUCACGACUUCUGGUUGAGAUUAACGAAGCAUGGAAGGUUAAGAGUGUUCCAGAUCAUACAUUGCUUCCUAAAGGAAAAUCUCAAGCUAAGAGAGCGGCAAUCACUUUGCCGGGUAAAGAACAGAUGACUCUGGAAGAAUUGGAACUGUCCCGUCAGUCCAAUGCAACCACUACAUUUAAUCGUACUGCUUAUUUUUCCAUGAGACUUGAUACUUUGGAUGAAUCAUUCCUUGGUAAUGAAGGAAAUGUGGAGGAAGAUCCAUCGGUGCAUCACCAUCAAGCUGCUCCCGAGAAUAUUACCCUAUUUGAACCUUUCCAAGCUGAUGCGGUUCCUUACAAUCGGUUUGAGAGGUUUGAUAUCGAAGGAGAUGACGAAACACAAGUAAAUGUACCUUCAGGGGAUUAUGCUCGAUUUCCAAUACCCUCCCCCCCUCCACCAGAUGAACCAAAGAUAGAUGAUAUAGUUGAAGACCAACACCCUGAGCACCCGAUCAUUCAGGAAUAUAAUGAUAACAUGAAUGCUAGAGAGGAACCUCAGAGGCGAGGGCCAGCUAAACGGAAAAGAGGAAAACCAAUACAAAUGGACUACGAGCAAACCAUGAUCCCUGCUCCUAAUUACCAAAACUGGCUUCAAAACCCUGCUGAUUUAGUCUCAAGAAGAGGAGGAAUGGAAAAGUUGAGGCAGCGACAUGAUAUCAUGUCUUCAACUAAGAUAGCUAACCUCAUGGAGGUGCCACCUGUUGCUCUAAAUGGUGGCUUAUUGUCAAGGGUAAACAAAGAUAUAUAUUAUCCAGCACCUCUUCUUGACUUAUGGAUUAAGAGCACUCAACCACCACAUAAUUCACCUUCAGUUGGAAUUUCAUCAGACCAUCCUCCAGAACCAUCAUCAACAUCACCUCUAGGAGUACAUAAUAAUGGCUUCGAAAGAUAUGGUUUUGAAGAAUUUGAUGGUAGGUUAGACAACCUAUUCAAUGCUCCGAGAGAGCAGGUGCUGCCGGUAGACAAGGAGCUGCCAGAGAACAUGCCAGUACAUGAAGAUACUCCUCCUGUCUUAUCAGAGAAAUCUGACGUAUUUCCAAGAGGAGGAGACAACACAUAUUCCGUGGGUACAGCAUCUGAUCAUGGUCCUUCCUCACAUUCAGACUUGGAAACAGGAAGAUUAACAAAGAAAAAGCGUUUAAACAGCAAUGGAGGGUUUCAUACAGUACCUGAGAAUGAAAAAAUGUAUGCAGAUUUCAAUCCUAGGUCGCCUGACAUGUUUCCAACACCUGAUCAAGUACUUCUUGUGGAGACAGGUCCCACGCAAACACAAGGAAAUCCCAAUCAUCCUAGUGACAAGAUAACCGAAUCAAUCCAUGCUCAGUUGAAAUCACACUUUGACACUCUUAAAUCAGUAAGUGGAGCUCCUCAAUUUGAGUCUCUAGAUGUCUUAGCUUCUGGAAUGACCAGAAAAUCAGCAGCUCUACUUUUCUAUCAAACCUGUGUUCUUGCGACCCGCGAUGUCCUUAGAGUUGAGCAGAAGGAGCCUUAUGGGGAGAUUCUUAUCUCGAGAGGACCAAAGAUGUGAUUAGGCAGGUGGAUGUUGAUGGUUUAACUUAGGAAACGACAAAGAUUACUCCAUACAUAUGCAAUCAUUAGUUACUAUACCACAAACUUACUCCUUCAAUACAUACAUCACACGGCUGGAUUACACAUAUAGCAACUGCUACGAUUUAAAAUAUUAUUAUUAUUAUUAUUAUUUCUAGACAUUUUGAAAUAUUGCUUUUUUGUACAAAACAUUCUGGAGUACUGUUAUGCCUAAUGAAAUAUC